GCAGAAGAAGAACAUUGGGUUUUUCACAGCACGAGAGUCUGAAGGCAGAGAGUCUGAGGAACCGAUAGCCGGAGAGGAGAUCACAUCCAGUCCGACCAUGGUCAUUAGGGAGGUCCCGGCUGAUCAGCUCGCCCGUCCUCUGGGCAGAAACGAGGUCAUCGGACUGCUCUUCCGGCUCACCAUUUUCGGAGCCGUCACCUACUUCACCAUCAAGUGGAUGGUGGACGCCAUCGACCCCACCAGGAAGCAGAAGGUGGAGGCUCAGAAGCAGGCAGAGAAGCUGAUGCAGCAGAUCGGCGUGAAAAACGUGAAGCUGUCAGAGUACGAGAUGAGCAUCGCCGCUCACCUGGUGGACCCGCUCAGCAUGCAGAUCACCUGGAGCGACAUCGCCGGCCUGGACGAGGUGAUCACCGAGCUGAAGGAGACCGUCAUCUUACCCGUUCAGAAAAGACACCUGUUCCAAGGAUCCAGACUGCUGCAGCCGCCGAAAGGCGUGUUGCUGUAUGGACCUCCGGGAUGUGGCAAAACACUCAUCGCUAAGGCGACGGCGAAGGAGGCGGGGUUCCGCUUCAUCAACCUGCAGCCGAGCACGCUGACGGACAAAUGGUACGGAGAGUCCCAGAAACUCGCCGCCGCGGUGUUCUCCCUGGCUGUCAAACUGCAGCCGUCAAUCAUCUUCAUCGACGAGAUCGAUUCGUUCCUCAGGAGUCGGUCCAGCUCGGACCACGAGGCCACGGCCAUGAUGAAGGCUCAGUUCAUGAGUCUGUGGGAUGGGUUGGACACGGACCACCACUGUCAGGUCAUCAUCAUGGGAGCCACGAACCGGCCUCAGGACCUGGACUCUGCCAUCCUCAGGAGGAUGCCCACCAGGUUCCACAUCAACCAGCCGAGCUUGAAGCAGCGAGAGCAGAUCCUCAGGCUGAUCCUGGAGAACGAGAGCGUGGACCUGUCAGUGGACCUCAGCAGCGUCGCCGGUGAAACGGACGGCUUCUCAGGAAGCGACCUCAGAGAGAUGUGUCGCGACGCCGCCUUGCUGUGCGUCCGGGACUUCGUCCACACGCAGAGCAGCAGCCCGCUGGAGGACUACAUCCGUCCCAUCCAUCAGACCGACCUGCAGAAGGCCAUCGCGAAGAUGAAGAAGUCCAAGUCUGCGGGAGGACACGGCCUGCUGCUGCACGCCGCUUUGGACUGAGCUGCCCACAGGACGCCGGUUUGAUUCCCACAGCUUGUUUGAGACGGCGCUCGCCAUGUGUUUGUUCCGGUCAGCUGACUGCGGGUGUAGAUACGGAGGCGGGUCUGGAGGCCGCCGCUUUCUGCUGAGGUCUGACGGAGCAGCUGGACGCCGCCGACGCGCCAUCCUCCGCUUCAGUUUUCGUCUCGCUCUCUUUCGGUUUCGCUCGUUUCGGCCUCCACGUACCACCGUUACCCAUGAGCCUCGGCUGAUGUUGCCAUGAAGAUUACAGUAAAAACACAGCUUUUAUUGUGAAAAAAGAAGUUUAAAGUUAUUUUUUUCUUCUGAUUGGAGGUUAAAACAAAUCAGCUUUUCUUUUGAGUUCAACCUGUUUGGACAAUUUUUAACCAUUUACACUGGAAAAUUAAGCAAAAAAAAAUAUUUGUGAAAUGGUUGUUUUUGUGCUUUAUUUUUAUCCUAUUUGAGUUUUUUAUUUAAAAACAAAUGAUUGUUUAUUCAUUGAUCUGUUAAAAACAAAAGAGUCACUGUCGAUGUAAUAAACUCACUGUCAUUGAUUCA